AUGGUAUCAACAGCAACUUUGAAGAAACAUACUUCAGCUAAACCAUCUACUCAUACCAAAAGAAAGUUGAAUGAGUUGGGUGACAUUUCCAAUACUCCUAUCCAUAAACAACAAAAGCAGCAACAACAGCAACAACAACAACAACAACACAACCACCCUCGUCAUCAUAGUUCUCACAAUAGUUCAUGGCAGCGUCGACAGCGACAACAACUGACUAACCACUUGAAAUAUCUUGGGGAUGACGACAUAACUGCACCAAAAAAUAAGAAAACAGCUUCUGCUUCUAGUACAUCCACCCCUGAUAAGCCGAUAACUAGACUGAACCUGAAACUUCACCUUUUGCCACAACACAAGCAAGAACAAGAGGCAAAAGAGAAGCAACAACUAAAAUGCAAGAUUAAGCGCCAACUUCACCACACUACGGAACACGACAACUAUACUCAUCGAGUAAAACAACAACGGCAAAAUUCACAAACACCACCAGGUAUGAAUCUGGAGGAAGAGUAUAUGUUGCAAGAAAUUACCGCCAAACCAGACUACUUUGACUCUACAACAUCGACCCAUAUGAAUGACUGCGAAUCUCAAGAACAGUGCUACCAACAUAGGCGUAGCAAGUCUGUCACUUUUAAAUUACCACAUGAUGAAGUAAAUGGUUUUGAAAGUUCACCAUUGUUGACACCCAAGAAUGAUGAUGAUAGCGAUGUCGAGGAAGAAAUAUUAGCUAGGCACAAGCAACAGUUGCAUUUGCAAAAGGAGCAAGAAAUGGUAUCCGUGUAUCCAUCGACUCCGCCAGAAUCGUUCCAACAUGAAGAAGAAGAAGAAGAAGAAGAAGAAGAAAGAAAUGUGAAGAUGGAUGAAGUAGAAACAUCACCAUUGGAGCAGAUUUUCUCACCCCAAUCCCAAACAAUAGCUCCGGAAGCUAAAUCUGAAUUACAACCGAAAUUUGAACAGCAACCACCACCACCACAACAACAACAACUGUCUGAUUUAGUAUCAAACAAUACCGACUAUAUAACCCUUGCAUCAACGUUGCCACUAAUUCAAAACCAACGCAACCAAAUUGAACAAGAAAUUGUACAAUUAUCACAACUAAAGUCAAGAUUCAAUACAUCUUCAAAAGAAGAAACAAUUGCAUUUGUAACAAAGCUAUUACAAGGUGAAACUGGAUUACCUAAACCUACACCCAUUGUAACUUGCCCCUAUAUACAUUGGGAAAAAUAUCAUCCUACCUUGUCCCGUGUAUCAAUGGAUUUACAAGCAGAAUCAAAUAACUCAAAUGGAAAAGAUCAACCAUUUAAGUUCGUCAUUUAG